AUGACCCAGGUGCAGAGCAUAUUGCCAGGGAUGAGAGAGUCAGCAUUCAAUCACUUUGUGAAAAGUUUUGUAAGGUCUGCAGUUAGUGAAAUCACUUUCUUCAAGAGCGACAACACCCCAAAAGACGGCGUCGUGUUUAUGAGGACGGAAACUGGUGCGCUUUAUGCAUGUGAGACUAUAGUCAUACUUAGACCACAACACACCAGUAAUAGUAAACAACACAACAGUAAUAUUAAACGAGGUAUACUUUUAAAGGACGAGGAUAUCGAGGAGGACGAGGAUGAUAAAGACAGCAGUGAAAUCCAUAGUACCAAAUCAGUCAGUGAUAGAGGAUCAGUUGCCUCAGCAGAGACAGUCCCGAGCCCGAGAACAUCUCCACCGCCCCGAAAACGUCCUCGUUAUCAGAAACAAAGAUUAGCAUCAAUUCGUGAAUUAUGUUCACAUGGGAUGCUCGAGAGAAUACAAUCACUGGGUACUAUAGCUGCGCAGAGAAAAAGACAAUUCACUUUCAAAGCAACUUUACCGACCGACGAACAGCUACGGGAAGCAUACAUGACAUUCGUAAUGAGUGAUAACAGACCUAAGCAAUACAUAGAAGCUGCUAGAUUACACGAGUUGGUGUUGAAAAGUUCUUUGACUGUUAGAAAACAGGCUAGCGUUCUCCGUAUGGGUGUGGGCACGUGGAAGUCGUGUAAGAAGCAGGUGGCGAGAAUGGCUGAAGUAGUAAAGUAUUGCGGUGUUGAUUUGGAUGAGGAUAUCCCGCCCAAGACAUUUUGGAGAGUAGCUCCAGUUAAAAUUGGGGAAAGCGGUGACGAUAUCGUAAACGUAGCAAACAAUUAUAAGAGGAGAAACGGCAGAAGGGGGGGAAAAACUGGCAGAGUAAGAAAGAAAGGAAGGGCAUUAAUGCGCGAUGUUGACAGCAAUGAUGACGGAAAAGAUGAAGUGAUCACAAUAGAAGACGAUUAA